AUGCACACCUUCACUAGCCGAAGAAAUGGCGAUGGUUCCUGGAUUACUUCCCCAACCAGUCCAACCGAUCCCGAUGCGUUGCUUGACAGCAGAAUCAGAAACUCUACCCUAGGGAAGAUUUUCGCAAUCGGGUUCAAGGAGCGCACCGAUAAGCACGAUGCGAUCGCGUUGGCGGCAUCCUAUACCGGGCUGGAAGUAGACUGGUUUGAAGGUGUCCGAGCCGCCAAUAUCCCUCCGAAAGCAUACCCUGCUGUAUGGACGGAAGAGAAACACCGCGAUAAACCCGCCGAGCUCGGAAGCUGGCGCGCCCAUAUGAAUGCUCUACGACAUAUCGUGGAGAACAAGAUCAGCAGCGCUGUCCUCAUGGAAGACGAUUCUGACUGGGACGUGAAUAUCAAGGCACAGAUGGUCGAAUUUGCACGGGGCACUAGGGCGCUUCAGGGAACGGAGGGUGUUCCCUUCUCCCCAUACGGCGAUAACUGGGAUAUGCUAUGGCUAGGACAUUGUGGAAUAAAUUUGCGAGGAGAGCCGAAGUACUAUGUGAUUCCUAACGAUUUAACUGUUACGCCGCGACCCCACCAGAACGAGUUUGUCCGUCCACCGUUGGCAGAGGACCCCAACUUCGAGAGCCAUCGUCUUAUAUUCAAUGCGGAUAAUGCGAUCUGCUCGUGGGCGAUGGCAUUUACCUACGAAGGCGCCUGCAAGGCACUCACUGCGUUAUCAUAUGUCGGGAUCGAUGAGCCUGUCGAUCUGGGUUAUAACUUUCUUUGCACCAAUAUUCUGCACGUUCCCUAUAAAUGCUUGUCGUCACAUCCUAGUAUCAUGGGCACCUGGGCGCAACGUGGUCCGGCAUCGCGAGAUUCGGAUAUUACUGACGGUGACGAUACGUGGCAUGAAGCAAGCUCUCGGUCCCUCACCUAUAGCACUAUGCUGAACAUUCUACCGCUUGCGAAUAAUGAGACGACGAUAUCAGCAACGUGGGAGGAUGUCCCAGCCCCGAAAAUUGCUAUUACGACGUUUAAGAUACCCAGUGGUUAUUUGUACACCCCCGAUGUUGAAUGA